GAGGAGGAGGAGGAGGAGGAGGAGGAGGAGGAGGAGGAGGCGGACAAAAGUUGAAGUUUUCUCGGAAAAAAAAACUUUUCAAGAUGACGACGGAAAAGGGAGGAAUGCAGCCCCCCGUGGACAUCGCCGCAAGGUCGUCAGUUUUUCGCAAUCAGUUGUACCAAAUCUUUCAGGUAUCGGACAUGUCGAAGCGACUGAACCUUAGCGAGGGCAAGAGUGGUCCUGCUUAUUCCAGCCACGACAUUCUCCGCGACCCAGAGAUCUUGAGGAGCAUUUUGAUGGAGAACCCACUGCAGUUCAUCGACUUCAAGGAAUUCAAAAAAGUCGCCGGCAGCACCGACGAAGGUCGAAAGCGUGUCCCUCAGCUUGAGCGCCCCCGUCCGACAAUCUAUGCCACCAUAUCUCUGUGGGCUGGUUGGAUUAGUAAUCAUGAAUGGUUCCAGAAUGGCGUCAUGAUGCUGAUCUUCCUAAAUGCCGUGGUCGUCGGGGUCGAGCUCGAGCUGGAUCCCGCUUUCCACGCUGACGAGCUUCGAGCUCUUCGAUUGACAGAGAUCGCGAUCCUCAUCAUGUUCAUGAUCGAGAUCUUCAUCAAAUGGGUGCACUCCUUCAAGGAGUUCUGGGACGACAACUGGAACAUCUUCGACUUUCUGAUCACUACAGUAAGCGCCAUCCCCGAGUUCAUAAUCCUCGCCAUGCCUCAGGGAGCUAGCUCCAACGCUGCAGCCUCCAUAGCCAGCCGGCUUCGCAUCUUCCGCACCCUCAGGUCGCUGAAGAUGGUGGCCAGGUUCUGGUCCUUGCGAGUCAUCGUUCACACUUUGCUUCAGGCCUUUCAGUCCAUGUUCUUCAUCAUGAUCCUCCUCUCCAUUCUCCUCUACAUCUAUGCCAUCUUUGCUCUCAACCUGUUUGAAUCCUACAGCUUGUCCCGGGACCCCGCUCUUGUCUACCAGUACAAGCUCAAGGACAUUCCCAACACUUUGGCAAUGCUCUUCCAGAUGCUCACGCUUGACCAGUGGUAUAACAUGCAGAGGGAGGUGUCGACCAAAGUCAACAAGGCGGUCACCCUCUUGUACUUCAUAUCCUGGAUAUGGAUUGGGGCCUUCGUCUUCCGCAACAUCAUCGUCGCCGUCAUGGUACGGAACUUUGCCAACAUAGCUGAGCAGAUGGAAGCUGCGGACGCUCUCAAGCGCAAGCAGGCCAAGAAGAAAGUGAAGAGAACGCAAAAGGCUCGUAAGCCCUUGUCUGCUGCAGCUAGGAGAUGGCACGCUCCGCCGACGGUUCACCAGCCGGAGGACCACCACUUGGGAGACGGUCAGAUUCUGAAAGGGUCAAAGGGCCCGUUGACCGGUAGCCCGGACAGGCCCGGAAGCGAAGGUAAGGGCCAGCCCGGGUCGGCAGAGGAACAUCAAGGUACUAAUGUCAUGGGGAAAGUGGGGGGGGGCAUAGGAGUGGCACCGUUUCCUUGGGUGGGUGGGGAUCCCAAGAAACUGCAUACACUGCCAGCAGGCCUCUCGCCCCGGAAAUCCGCCCGCGAGGCUAUGUUUAGGGGCAACGCGGCAGACUUCCCAAAAGGGUGGCAACCCUACCUGCAGAAAGCCCGCCGGAAUGUGGAGGCCCCUCAGACUGGCUUGUUGGAGAAAGGGCAAGUGGCAGCGGAUGCACCCCUCAAGAACUCGGCAGGGGAUAUGAGGGGGGGGCCCUUAGACUAUGACUCUCGCAGCGGUCAAGGUCGAGCAGGAGGCCCCGCCAUCAGCAAACAAACCCCACAAGACCAGCCCCACAUGCCAAAAGUGCCUUUUUCUGAGCCCCCACUUGAAAGGUUGGCCACUCCUGCUAGAGGAGACGCUGCCGCAGGGGCUGAGUCCAGUGGUCAGGAGAGAGAGUUGCACCCUUCACAGGAGUUUGAACCAGUAACAGCUACUACUGGGGUCCAGGGGGAAAGACUAGACCUAGACCAGCUUGACAGUCACAGUCCCGAUGAGGGAGUGGAGGGAUCCCAAGCCCCCCAUGCACAUCAGCAGGGUCCUCGGCGCUCUGAGACAGCGUCUGAGAACCAAUCACCAACACUGAGGGCUGCAGAGCUAGUGGCAGGAGGAGAGCAACCUUCCUCGCACAAGAGGAAUGCUCUGGCACGAAAUGUGGAGUCGGGCGAAACAUCAGCGGAAAAAGGGAAGGGGCGUUUGUUGACUGGCAUGAGGCCGGCGAUGUACAAGGGUAAUCUGCCUCUCUUUGAAGGAGAUGCAGGCAUGUCAGGCUCUCCUGGGCCGUCGCGGAAGCAGAGUAGGGAAGGAAUGAGGGACACAGAUAAGGAUUCUAGACAAACAGGCGAGGCAGCAGUUGCUGCGUCAAAGCCAGCGGAAAAGGAGAGGGCCAUUCCAGGAGAUGGAGGAGGGGUAGGAACUGAAGAAAUGGACACCUUGAAGGCGAAUGCGGAGACCAAAAGGUCCCCAAGGCACACUUGGGAUGGCAAUAUGGGCAGCCUGAACCUUGCGGGGACCAAUUCCGAGAGAGAACAGCCGACUAGCACAAGAUCUCCGCUCCGUGAGAGCAUGACCUUCCAGGUGUCGCAAGAUGCUGCAAUGGGUGGCCAAGGUGGCGGAUUGCACGGGUCGAAUGCACUCCCCAUGCGGUUUGCGGCUGCUGCAUCUGCCAUGGGUUAUCCCAAUGAUGGAGGUCUGGAGUGGUCCACCGCGCUGAGGCAGCUCCGGGCGAUCAUCACGCUACAUGCAACAGAAGCACUGUGGCCAAAAGACACAUUGUUCAGGUACCUCCAGAUAAUGGAGAAACUCCAGGAGAGUCUCAAGGAGUAUCAAAAGCUGCAGCACUUAGCAGCAAUGACAUUGCAUUCAAUUCAAGAUUAUGACGAUGAAAAGAGCUUUCACUUCAGAGGAAAUGCAUUGCAAAAUGGAAAUUACAGCCUAGGCUGAGCUAGCACACAUUGCCACACAAGAGACUCUACCUGCAGCAAGCAAAGGACCAAGACUUAAACCACCAUUACUUGGCCCAUACAUCG